AUGGAGGAGCCUCGAACGAUGGAGGAAGCCCAAACGAUGGAGGAAGAGCACCGAACAGUGCAUGACUUCUCUGUGAGAGGCAUCGAUGGGAGCAGUGUGAAAAUGGACAAAUACAGAGGGAAACCGCUUAUCAUUGUAAACAUUCCAUCAGAGCGUGGCCUAAUAAGUACGAAUUAUAAUAAGCUCAAAGAGGUGCAUGAUCUUUACAAAGACAGAGGACUCGCAAUUGCUGCCUUCCCAUGCAGUCACUUCCAGUCCCAGAUGUAUUUACUGGGCGAAAAAGCAUGGGAGAAGGCAAAAUUGAUUUGUCUUUUUAUAGGAAAUUUGUUUUUUCUUCGGCUUGAGAAACUUGAGGUUUACAGCUUCCGAUGUUUUUUAACGCAGUACUUGAACGGUACGGUGUUUUACGGUUGCAGCCGGCAGUAG